GAAUGAAGGACUGAUCUGGAGUGAGGAGACACUGAAGUCAGGCAAACCCCCCCAGCAACCCCCAGGCUAUUGCAGUGAUCCGGGAAUGAAGGUCUUUACCAGGGUGGUGUGUUUGAGAGAUUCUGCAGAAGUGAACUCUACAGGCUCGGAAACUGCUUGGAUAUGGGGGGGAGGAGGUGAGAGACAGGAGUCCAGGAUGAUUGAGAGGGUCUGGGAAGAUAAGGGGCAUAUGUGUGGGGGAAGAUGGGUUCUGAGUUUAAGAAGUCUGAAAGGCAUUUGGAGGUCAGCAGAGAGACUGGGGCAGGGUAGGUGGAUGUGAGAAUCGGCAGCAUAGAGAUGGUGAUGAAAUCUGAGGGAGCUGAGGAAAUGAUCACCGAGUGAAAUAGUGGAGAGGGAGAAGAGAAGAGCCCCAGGGGAGAACCCUGGGGAACUCUGGGCUAGAGGCUGUGACCUGCCUAGGAGACUGAGAGGGGGAUGCUGUCUUGUGUGCCUCCUUUCCUAGACAAAGAAAUUAGGCUCCAAGGCCUUGGGCUCAAGCUUUGGUGAUAGAGCCAAAAACAGAAAUGGAAACAGUCCCUGUGUUCAAGGAGAUUACAUUCUAACGGUGGGACAGUUACAUCAAUACAUUCCCCAUCUAUACAUAAGUAGAAGUAAAUAAAAUGGCGAAACAUUGGGUGGCUUGAGAAGGAAGAAGAUUGCUGUCGGAGGCUUGAGGGCUCCUGUAAAAGGCGAGGGAACGCCCAGCCUGUACAAGGUUCAGAGAUGCCAGAAAUGGGGCCAGAUUCUCCAAAGUUUGAAAAACUAAACAGGAGUUUGUAUUCGAUGCCAGAAGCAAGAGGAAGCCUCAGGAGGGGCCUGGUCAGAUCUGGAUAUAAAGACAGUCUGGAACAUUGAUGGGGAGCAAUGGCAGGGACUGGUGAGCGCCAGGGAAAAGGCAAGAAAGAUGACAACGGCAUCGGCACCGCCAUUGAUUUUGUGCUGUCCAAUGCCCGGCUGGUGCUGGGGGUGGGUGGAGCGGCCAUGCUGGGGAUUGCUACCUUGGCUGUCAAACGGAUGUACGACCGGGCGAUCAGCGCCCCCAGCAGCCCCACUCGCCUGAGCCAUUCGGGGAAAAGAAGCUGGGAGGAGCCGAGCUGGAUGGGGUCCUCACGGUUACUGACGCAGGACAUGAAGACCAGCUUGAGCAGGUCCCUGCAGACUUUGCCCACUGAUCCCUCAGCCUUCGACGCAGAUGGGUUCUACCCCCCCAGACCCAAACCAGCCACCAGGAAGAGCCAGGUAGACUUGAAGAAGUCGCGGCUCCGCCUGUCCCUGCAGGAGAAGCUGGUUGCUUAUUAUCGGAACCGGGCAGCCCUCCCCCCGGGGGAGCAGGCCCGGGCCAAGCAGGCGGCGGUGGACAUAUGUGCUGAGCUGCGCAGCUUCCUCCGAGCCAAGCUGCCUGACAUGCCGCUGCGAGACAUGUACCUGAGCGGCAGCCUUUAUGACGACUUGCAGGUGGUGACUGCUGACCACAUUCAGCUCAUCGUGCCUCUGGUCCUAGAGCAGAACCUGUGGUCCUGCAUCCCUGGGGAGGACACCAUCAUGAACAUCCCAGGCUUCUUCCUGGUGCGUCGAGAGAACCCAGAGUACUUUCCCCGGGGCAGCAGUUACUGGGACCGCUGUGUGGUUGGCGGUUACCUCUCCCCCAAGGCUGUGGCAGAGACAUUUGAGAAGGUUGUGGCCGGCUCCAUUAACUGGCCAGCCAUCGGCUCCCUCUUAGACUGCGUGAUCCGCCCAGCUCCGCCCCCUGAGGCCUUGACGCUGGAAGUACAGUAUGAGCAGAACCGGCGCCUACUCAUUGACUUUCUGCCGUCGGUGACGCUCGGGGACACAGUCCUCGUGGCCAGGCCCCACCGGCUGGCCCGGUAUGAUAACCUGUGGAGGCUGAGCCUGCGGCCUGCAGAGACUGCCCGCCUGCGGGCGUUGGACCAGGGCGAUGGAGGCUGCCGAGCGCUCUGCCUCAAGAUCCUCAAGGCUGUGUGCAAGUCCAGCCCGGCCUUGGGCCACCUCACUGCCAGUCAGCUCACAAAUGUCAUUCUCCACUUGGCUCAAGAGGAGACUGACUGGUCUCAGGACAUGCUUGCUGACCGCUUUCUGCAGGCGCUCAGGGCCCUGAUUGGCUACUUGGAGGCCGGAGUCCUGCCUAGUGCCCUGAACCCCAAGGUGAACCUAUUUUCAGAGCUUACCCCUGGAGAAAUAGAUGAAUUGGGGUACACCCUUUAUUGCUCAUUGUCUGAGCCAGAGGUCCUACUGCAGACGUAACGGGGGGGAAAGCCACGAUGGGGAUUAGGUGGUCAGGCCUUGGAGCUGGUCAGCAGCACCCUCCAGGCUCCGCUGCCCAGGCGGCCCCUCACUUGGGUUCUUUCGGUGCCUCCAGUCCUGCUGGUCAUCGCCCGGGUCGCCGCCCACCGACUAGAAUGGCCUUUUCUUGCCCUGCCUUCCUUUUUUUUUUCCCCUCACCAAGCACUGUGCCCCCGUUUUUUUCAUUGUCCCUCCAUUGAGGCCAAGUUCCACAAAGUGCAUCCAGAAGGGUGGGGAGCACGGGGAGGAGGGCCAAGCUGUUAAGUUACUUGGUGACUUGUGUCAAGUUCACCUCUUCAGCUGCCCAGCCUGACCCCACUUUGAGCCUCUUUGUGUGCCUGUCACUAUUGCCCCUUCGUCCCUCUGGUUCCUUUCCUUGGAACGCUCUGCUUGAUCAAGAUACUGUCUGUAAGUGAAUGUUGCUCUGUAGCAAUGAGUGAAUAUUUAUGAAACGCACUCUGCAUGGCUAGUGAGUAUCUGGGAUCUGUGGGGUGGGUGCUGGGGCUGGCCCAGGAGCCACCCUCCUGGCUGCGGAGGCAGAAGUAGGCAGGCUCUUCUGGGUUUGGAGGUGGGCCUGCCCCUCCUAUGACCUCGCUUAUCUGGGCAGGGAAGGAUAAGAUCAGUCAGAUGGAUUGGGAAAGGCCAAGACCACCUUGGAUGGGAAUGUUUGUUCCGUCUGGGAAGGGAUGGCUCUGGAAAUUCCAACUUCCCCAUUUGUGGUGUUUUCUCUGAGAGGGUGGAGCAAGUGCCCGGGGGAGGAGCCUUGAAGUACAGGGCAAGCCCCCCGCCUUAGCGUUAGGGAGGCCUGUGGGAGCCAUAUCCUCCAUUGCUGUCCAAGGGCAACCUCAUCACUUCUUUGAUGACCUUGACCAAGAGGAAUUCAGAAGAGGCAGGAAGGAGGGUCGUAGGCAGCUCCAGCCUCACAUCAUGGGCUUGCUGCAUGUAGCAAUCUAGCUGUAGCCAACGACAUCGUGGGUGGCUGGUGGGAGGCCAGACUGCUUGCUGAUGGUGCCUUCACAGGGGCACCCAGAGGACCCCUCCUGGCUUCAUGUUUGCGCUGCAUCCCCUCCUUAGCAUCUUGUCUCAGCAGGGGCCAGGCCUGCUUCUUUGAAGCCUCAAAGUCUGCCUUUGGGAAAGGGGAGAGGAGCGUUCAGGGAAUGCCCUAACACCCUUUGUGCCAGAGGCUGCCAGAACACGCACAUGCCUUCCCUUUGUCACGUCUACCUGUCAGAUAGCGCUCGGGGGAAAGAAGGGCCGCGGGGGGCCGAAUGAUGGGGGGACGGGGAGGAGACUUUCCCUUUCCCCUCCUUGUUGCCCGCUGCUACAAAUGCACUAUUUAUUGCAAUGUAAAGUUAUUCUGGGGGCGGGGAGGGGGGAGUUUAAUACACAUUGUCAUUGUGUCUUACUGUUUUGUGUUUCUUUUUCUGUUUGUGGUAAGGGGUUGUUGCCGGCCCUGCCUCUGGCCUCCUUACCCAGUAUUUUGUAUUCCCACUGCUGAAUCUGAGUAUUUUGCUUCUGCUUUCUCUACCCCCCCACUCAAUGAGAUUCUUGUACAACUUGGUAGCUAUCUUUUCCUUACACUUUAAUGGCAAAAUGGUCCACAUGGGACCAAGUCCUCAGCUUCCUCCUGAAUUUAGGUUUGGGACCCCUGUGUAUUUGUCAUGGUCUGGGAAGUGAAGUUCUGGGGUCCCCUUCAGAGAAUCCCCACCUCUUGCCCUCUAUUUCCUAUUGAGAAGGAUGGGUGCUUUUACUUUUUGGAGGGAGGGUAGGAGAGAUUGUGUGUGUGUAUGGGGUUCUGACUGCUCCUGAGGGAGGGGGAGGAUGAGAAUAGACAUCCAUCGGGGACACUGGGGAGAUCCACCCGAUAAGGUAUUUUAAAAGUCUGCAGUUUACUGCUGCAAACCAGCUGUACAUUAUUAGCUCCUCAACAUUAAAUACGAAGCUUAUAAAACCAAACCAACAAACCAGUGAGACUGGGUCCCAGGGUCUCUGAUAAAGUAAAUGCAUUUCUCAGAGGGGAAAAGUGUGUGAAUGUGAACCUCUUCAUUGAAUUAGGAAGAAGUAUUCCAAUGUCUCCCGAUUCAGACAAGCUAACCUUGCCACAUGAUGAGGAGAUGGAGUCAGGGCACACGCCCAUAGGAUCAAAAAGAAAAAUGGCUCUGGGUAAUGGUUCUGUUGAACAAGAUGCUGUUUGCUGAUGAAGGGGGAGCAGAAUUGCAGCUUUGGGUGGAAAGGUGAGGUGCAAGUGAGCCUCCGUCGGUUCUGUGUCCAGUAACAGCAGAUCCUAGGAGAGUUCUUUGUUGACACAGGCAUUCUUAAACAAGUUUAUUUGGCCUGCCUUCGAAUCUCAGAAACCAAAUCAGUCAAUGAGGUUUUGGGGUUCUUCCUCGUCCCUAACCCCAGACAUAAAUAUAGGCUAACAAUGGGUAUUUUCCCCCCAACCCUUGUGUUUGCUUGAGGCACUUUUAUCAUUAAAGGAAAGAAGUAACCGGUGGUUUUAAAGUUCAUGCUCCUGCUAGAAGGGGUGGCCCCCAUGCCCACCAGUCCUCAGGCCUGGUUCCUUUGCUCUCUGGUGCUCUCGUUGCUGCUUCAUUGGAGAGAGCAAAGGUGGAGUGGAUCCUGGCAAGGGUCCAGCAGGCAUUAGGGAAGGUGGAGACGCCUUCCCUUGAGGCAGUGGCCCUGGCCCUGAAACUGGCCUGGUAGAGAGACUCUGCCCUUCCUGGCAUGGGAGCCGGAUGCGCCCGGUCAGGCUUCCCCAGCUUGUAGCAGAGGCUUGUCCCAGCUCUGUUGUGGGCAUGCAGCCCUCAAAGGGCUUAAUGAAGACAACUGAGCAAAGAGCCAGGAGAGCAGGCCCAAGGGUGGUGUGAUCGUCUCCUGUUCCCUGUCUCUGGAAUCUGGUUUGCCCCGUGAUCUGCAGGGUCUCUGACUAAGCUCACAAACUGCCUUUUGCUCUGUGGAGUGGAGUAUUUGCAUUGUCCUUGAUCUACAGACACGUCCAGGCUGGUUGACAGGUGACCUGGGCAGGUUUUGGGGAGGGGGCGGAGAAGGUGUCUGGGUAAGUGUUCUGUUCAGUCCUGCUGGGCAGCCUGCCUAGCAAAAGUCCUGGGACCUGCCUCUUGUCUCUUCUCCUCCCCUAAAGCAUCGAGGUUAAGGGAGUUGAUGAUCUAUGAAAUGAAAGAGUGGAACAUAAAAUAAAAACAAAUCCUUUGCACCAGC